GGAGGAGUUGUGUUUGCAGGAGGGGAAGGAAACUCCUGGGCAGGAGCCGGUCGAGGAAGCACCUGUUUUCUGCGGCACGUCUGUGGAUAGAAGAAUAGUGAGAGUUGGAAAGGACUUCUGAGGAUCAUCUAGUCCAACCCCCUGCUAAAGCAGGGUCACCCACAGCAGGCAGCCCAGGAUCACAGCAUUCAGGUGACUGCAAAGGGUGGAAGAUGCUGGAUAAGGCCACCCUGCUGCUGUUCCUGCAUUUAGUUGCAUGCUCCAUCUCCUCUCCUCUCUACCCAGCUCUCAGGUACAGCCCAGGGAUGGCUGCUGGCAAGGCUGUGAACUUCCAGCUACAGCACAGCAGCCCACUGCAGAGCCAUGACCUCUCAGCAGAGGAGCAGGAGGAGAAGAGUUUGUUAACAGGCCCCACUGAGAAAAGAAGGUUCUCUGCUGGCCCAGGAGCCCAGCUGGUGCCUGCCUCCCCGCGCAGGACACAGCGCCACGCCGAUGCCAUAUUCACCGACAACUACCGCAAGUUCCUGGGGCAGAUUUCUGCCCGCAAGUUCCUGCAGACCAUCAUCGGCAAGCGGCUGGGCAGUGGGAGCAGCCCGGGAGAGGGGAUGCAGGAGCUCCUGACAAGGCGCCAGUCUGACAGCAUCCUGAUGGACAGCCGCUACCACCAGCAGAUGGUACUGAGGGACUUCCUGGGGGCCAUCCUGCAGAGGCAGAGGCCUCAGGACUUGAAGAGCAGUCAGUUAGAAGGCUUCCCCAGUACCCUGGUGAAGCUCAUGUAAAUACUUCUCCCUUUCUCACAUCCCCGUGCUCUGAGUAAUUCAGAGCUCAUGGACCUAACUGUACAGCAGUGAAGACACUCCUGAUGUAAGCAGCUGGAAGCUGAUGCAUACACUCCUCAGACCUGUUCAAAGAAGGGUGGUUCUGAUGUUCUACUUAUUUACUUCAGUCCUCACCUUUAACUCCCCACUCUGAAUCUUGCUCCAUGUACUGCAUCAGAACAAAACCUCCACAGUUUAACCUCAGGCUGCUUGACAAAGACUAACCUAACCAGUACACUUGUAAUCCUGGGGACAUACUGUCUGCUAAUGAAAGCUUACAAAUCACCAAGCCUAGCAAAAUUUCAGCCAAGUCAUCAUUCUGUUUGAGGGCCUGAUUAAUAAACAUGAGGCCACCAAAAGGCACCUUUAGGCAACUUAGUAAAUUGAUUACAGCCUUCUCUAUAUAGAUGCUGAUGGCACAACCACACAGGCAGCUCGGAUCAGGGCGGGGCAAGACAUGAAUCCACAAGCCUACCACCCAUCAGCAACGCUUGAUACACAGCCCUGGCAGCAAAACAGCUCUCAGCAGCUCAGCCACUACUGAAGCUACAGCUCUGCAGGAGUUAAAGGAGAUCCCUGUGCAUCAGAUUGGACUGUCACUGUGUUUUAAUUCAACCUGCCAUCCCAUGGCUAGUUACAGCUGUAAAUGCUUUCCAAGAAGUUAUUAACCCUGUGGUCUCAUACAGCUACUCUUCCUUCCCUGUCACCCCAAUUCUCCUGUUGUUUGUGUAAUCACUUCAGAAAUGUAAAUAAUGCCAGGAUUGGAUCUGCUUUCCUAUCACCAGGAAAUUAAAAGUUGUUCUAAAUAAACCUGUCCAACAGCA